AUGCUCAUACCUCUAUUAGAAAUCUUUGUUCAGGAGACCAAGACCGAAAGAUUACGAAGAUGGACCGGGCAAUUGUUCCUAGAAUUACUCUGCGACUCUUCAGACAACAAGGAACUGCUAGCUUUAGGAGCUGAAACUCUCCGGCGGAGAAUCGGCCACAUUCUUUGCUAUGGAUCGGAGUUGACUCUGCGUUACCUCGCUGGGUGUAUAAUUCGAGAGAUGCGUGUGACGGAGUACGAUCGGCAGCUUUUCGACAAUGUGGAAGUAAACGACCAGCUGAAUGAUUUCUUCAAAGAAUCCGAAACACCUGGCUCUGAGUGGAUUACAUCUUGUUGCACUUUCAUACAUGGCAAGAGGAAUGGAAUGUAUGGCACUGCAUACCGUGAACUUCUAAUGAUCGUACUAGACAAGUUGAAACCCGGAGGCCACUAUGUCAUGAACGGGAAGAAGAUGUACGCAGAAUCCAUGUCGAUCGACUUCGUCUGCAAUUCAUAUUCACAGGAGAUAGUAAAAGCUAUCACAAUUGCCACCAAAGAGGUAUUGACAGAUCACAAGGAAAUCAAACACAGCAGACUAUCAUACUCAACUGGAGAUCAAGGGCCUAGUCCACGGCAUGCGUCUCAGGUAGUUGUUCACCUGAACCAGAUGGAGAGCGUUGACUAUGAUAAAGGAUCUGUAAGUCGCAUAACUGAAACAUGCAGACCCGAUGAAGCGCUCCGUCAGCCUCUUAUACGCAGGAGUGGUUCAAUUGUGGUAAGCCUCGACGCUGGAACAGAUGUGACUAGGAAGUCACUCGUGUCCCGCAAUCAGGCCACAGAGAAUAAACGCCCAUUUCUGAAGAUACCUAGCGGUAAAGGAGAUAUAGAUAAUCAGCCUAAGGAGAAAGAAGGUGACGAAAAUCUAGAAUGGAUUGCCAGAUGCGAAACGUUUGUGCAAAGCAUUUCAAGCGCUUCUGAAGCUGGUCAUUUGACGAAAGACGUUGAGCCAGAAGCAGUCAAGUCUUUCGAGGAUGACUCUGAAGUCGCCGCCCAAGGGGAUAGAAAGGAGCAAGACCAGCGAGAGGGGCAAUAUGGCGAAGAAAACUACGAUGAUACCGCGGAAGACAUAUAUACGGGAGCGGACGCGUCUCCAUGUGACCCCAUGUCUUCUCUGGACCCGCUUCACUCGCAGCAACAGUUUCAUCUAAGUCUUCCUGGAACUUUCACAUCUGAACAAACUACUAUCGGAAUAACUGACCAGGUUAAAGCUAUGGCACCAGGGGUAAUUCCCGAUUCUCAGGAGGAGCAACGUUCUACCAUGAACACAAACAUAAUCGAACAAGGAGAAUGCUCUUCUGCGAAUAACUCCGAUAAAACCAAAGCGAAAAGUGGUCUGAAACCGUUGCCUAGAGGGCACCUCAAACAACUACUUGAACAUAAAAUUGUCACGACAGACUCUGUGGAUUGGGAUGAAGAUCUUCGCAUACCAGCGAGUGAACUAGAGCUGCCCAACAGCAAGACAAAGAGAUCCCCAGCACAUCUACCAUCCCCUGGUGGCUCGAGGAAGAAGAAACCAGGCCCGUCGAGCAGAAAUAAAAACCGGCCAAAGAUAUCACUCCCAACUCCCAAAACCGGCACUGCCUCGUCGAAGAAAAGUCGUGCCUCGGAAAAACCACCAGUUCAGAAUACAUUGGCAUCACGCCGUCCGCGUCGUGCGGCUGCAGAUGAAGCGAAAAUUAAAAUACUAUGCGACUACAAUCAGGAUGAGGAUGUUGAUGAUGAUCCUAUCCGAGAUUCGACACCUGACGACAGCCUUACAUUCGGCAAUAGCUUCCAGUUCGACCAGAAAAGAACGUCCACCCCUCGUCUUGCCCAUACAGACCAAGCCGGUAAUGCAGAGACUAAAACACCCGUCAUUGACUUGACUACUGCCUCAGAUGGGCUUGACAAUGUCGAUGAGGAAGAUAAUCAUCAGCAGCAGGAUGUAUCCCUCCAAUCCGUUAGAGAUACCCCCGCAAGCAGCGAGAACGCUUUGCCAGCUGUGGGGAAUGACAAUAGAGAGAAUAGCUCGAGAGUCGAAGAGGAUCAAGAAGACAGGUAUAGAGGAAGAGGACACUUAAUAGGCAGCAAGCUCGCAGCAGUGUUAGGUCAACAUGGUGUUCUCUCAUCCGAUCAAGUCGAUAAGGAUCCAAGGGAGGCUGAGUGCGAGCAACCUCGCACGUCUCCGGCCAUUGUGGGAUAUGACCAGCAAUCUGAGAGAAAGGAAAGGUUGGCAAAGAUUUCGAGCCAAAUUUCUGACUUUAUCAGUGGCGGUUUUGAUAAUGCGCCUGGCAAGAUCCACGAAACACCGGAUCUCUCUGGGCUGUCAGAAGAAAGUGAGCGAGUUCACUUAAAGACAACGGACCAUAUAGUCCACAAAGCGACCGAAAAUGAAAAGCAAACUGGGGACGGGACUUCUAGUACCGAUAAUCGGAUAACUCUUAGAAACUCAGAAGGAGUCUCUAUAGAUAGUGACAAAGAGUCUUCGAAGUCUAUCCGUCCGGUAGCCUCGAAAGCCGCCAAAAUUAUUGGACACCCAUAUGCCGCAUUAAUCGAUGAACGCUUACAUAGAAAAACUCAGAUUGUGAGCUUUUCUGCUGAUGGUCCUCGCAACCAGUGCGAGAUACGUCCGUCUUCUUCAGUCAAGAGACUGAGAAGCCCGCAGCUACAGUCUAAUGACAAGACAGAAAACCAAUUCAAACGAAAGGCAGUAGUGCAGCAACCGGACGAUCUUACUCGGCCUACCAAACGGCUCAGAUUUGAGUUUGGGGGGAGUAGUGAUAUGGAUGAAGCCAUGGACUCUACUUUAUCGGCUACCCCUGGUCACAUCCAUACUAUAUCUUCUCCUAGCCCUUUGAAGAUGAACCAAUGCCGGGGAAGCAUCGUCGACGAGAAUGGUAGUCCUCACCCAGUCUCCCGUACUGCAACACAGAUUAUGAUCCCUGGUGAUCAUGUUUUACUUAACAGAGAUGGCAAAAGACCGACUGUGCCGCAUCAAGAUAGCUGUGACGAACCUGCAACUGAAUCCAGCCCACUCAGCUACGUCUCCAAAGAUGCUGGGGUCGAUUACCGUAUACGGUCCAAAGGACAGUCCGUGGGAAAGCGGUCGCCUCAGGCUCGAGCUCUUUUCCCUCCUUCUAGGGCAUCCAAAAUAGCUAACAAGCAGAAUGAUGACGUCGAAUUAGCCGGGCGGGGCUCGCAAAGGCAGUCAAACCCCCUUUUCAUAUCACAGAGACGAAUGCCUAAUCAAACUAGAGAGGAGAGAACUUUGCCGUUUAGCAAGCGGCUGAAUGGUGACCAAGCAGAAAUCAGGCGUGUUCAAGGGCAGCAUAUUGCCAACGAACAAGAGGCCCAACUAUCGACAUUCUGGGAUUCUAUUUCAAGUCCCAAAAAGAUUGAAGCGAAAACAGAUGUCACUGCCGAACCACGCGAUGAGAUUAACUACGGUCGAGGCUCCACAGUUGAGUCAUCUUCCCCAUCGGGUCUCUCACAGACAUCGGAAUCUAUCACAUUAGUAGAGCCAGAGGGGCAAGAGACGCAAUUUGACCAAUUGCGUCGUGCCAGCCACGGAAGUACUCUUGAUAUUCUAGUCGACACCAGCGAGCGCCUUGUGUGUCACCUCGUAGAAGAGGAAGAUGCUGUCUGGGACGUGCUGGAAACGUACGACCAUGGUUGUCGCAGACUCAUCGACCAGCUUACAGAAGCACACAACGAAUCCCUCGAGGCAUACGAACGAGCGAUGACGGCUAUGAUGACUGAGUAUAAGGAGGUCCGCGAGAAAACCCUUGAGCGACUGAAAGCUCGCGACAAGGUGCUCAAGGCAUUACCUACCACGGACAAACUGGCCUCUGGGAUGAAGAAGUGGGAAAAGUUACUCACACGUCUGCAGGAUCUCUCGACUGCAUACGACGCCAAACUGGAUGCACUGGAAGCUCCUGAAUAA